CUUAGAAUCAACUUAAAACAAGGUACGACUCCACUACAAGGUUGUUACUCAAAUGAGUCGACUUAAUUUAAUGAGUGAAUCACUUGAUCAAUUCAAGACAAUGUCUCAUCACUACUCAUUGAGUAAAGUUAACUCAAUGAUAUCAAUUUUCAAUGAUUUAUGGAAAGAAUUCUCACAAACGCAUAAGGAAAUUGGAGAAAAUUGCACCGAUGAAUUCUUUGAAUCCCCAUACAUCACUGAUGACUGCUUCGAUCAAGCUCUCAAAAUCUACAUGGAUGCCAAAAUGCGACUAAACACUCUGACGGAACAUCUCACACAAGCGAAAACUAUUUCAACUCAACCAACGGAAUCAAAUCAAAACACACGGAGACAUCUCCCGGAAAUAACGCUACCUCAGUUUUCAGGAGAAUACUCCGCUUGGACUUCAUUUAGAGAUCUGUUCCAAUUUCUAGUUGCUCAAAAUUCUGACAUCACUGCUGUAGAAAAAAUGCACUACCUUCGAUCGUCACUCAUUGGGGAAGCAUCUCAACUCACUGCAAAUUUACCCUUGUCAAAUGAUUCAUUCAACUCAGCUUGGGAAUUACUCACUUCUCGUUAUGAGAACAAACGCUUGCUCAUUGCAGCACAGAUGGACAAGCUCUUUAAUUUUAAGGUCAUUUCAGCCAAGUCAGCUGGUGAUCUCAACGGUUUACUCACCAACACAACGGAAUCACUCAAUGCUCUCGUAUCACUUGGUGCACCGGUUAACUCAUGGGAUCUGGUCUUGGUGUACUUUGUCACUCGUCGAUUGGAUACUCAAACUAUAGAAGCAUGGGAAGUGAAACAAGGAUCAAGCUCAACCCCUCCUUCUUAUCAACAAUUAAAGGACUUUCUCACCGGCCGUGCUCGCACAUUAGAAAACAUGCAGCUUAACUCAACUCAAUAUUCUCAGGCAGCAAAAUCAGCACCCACAACUUCAUCACAAAAAUCAACAUCAAAACCAGCAAAGGCUCUUACUGCCUCUCACCAAGAUAAUGGAUACGCAUGCUCACAUUGCCAAGGAUCUCACUACAUUGUUGUUUGUGAAAAGUUCCGGAAUCUCAACCCUAAGGAAAGAAGAGAAUUUGUCAAGACUCAACGACUUUGUUUUAACUGCUUAGGAAGACACUCAGCUCACGCUUGUCAAAGUUCCAAACGAUGUCGGGAAUGCAACGGCAAGCAUCAUACCAUGAUUCACACCCCGGAAUCACAAUCAUCCUCCUCCAAGGACAUCUCUCAAUCACAAGUGGAACCUGCUCAAAAGGAAGAUAAGUCAAAUUGAUUAAAUGCCAUGACAGCUCAAGCUCAAAAAUAGACAUCAUCAUUGGUGUUGAUUAUUAUGGGCAACUACUCAAACCAGAUGUCAUUCAAGGGAUUAACUCAUCACUCACUGCUCAAAAAACUCUUUUUGGCUGGG